CUUGAAACAACAUUUAGGCAUGCUCGCAAUAAGAAAGAAUUACGAGUUUAAAGUGAACAAAUCUGCUAGUGAUCGGUUUGAAGUUAGGUGUGUGGAUCCUAAUUGUAAGUGGCGACUCCGUGCAAUAAAGCUACAAGACUUGGCCUAUUUUGAAGUAAGAAAGUUUCAUAAUGAACAUUCUUGUUCGUUGGAUAUUAUUCAUCGUGAUCAUCGACAAGCAAGCAGCUCCCUAAUUGGUCAAUUUGUCAAGUCAAAGUUUGAGGGAGGAACCUCGCGUAUAUACAGACCUAGAGAUAUCAUUGAUGAUGCACAUGUCCAACUUGGAGUUAAUAUGGGCUAUAAUAAAGCUUGGAGGGCAAGAGAAGCAGCACUAGAAAUUGCAAGGGGAUCACCAGAGGAAUCAUUUGCUAUACUCCCAACAUAUUGUGCUAUGUUAGAGCGCAAAAAUCAAGGUACAAUAACACACAUAGAAACUGAUGAACAUAAUCACUUUCUAUACUUUUUCAUGGCAAUUGGAGCCUCAAUUAGAGGAUUUCGUGAUUCUAUGAGGCCCGUGAUCGCUAUAGAUGGUACAUUUUUGAAAGGAAAGUACUUUGGAACCAUGUUUGUGGCUGCAUGCCAAGAUGGAGAGAAUCAAAUAUAUCCUUUGGCAUUUGGGGUGGUAGACUCGGAAAAUGAUGCCUCAUGGUCAUGGUUUUUGACAAAAUUGAGAGGGGCCAUUGGAGUUGUAGAGAACUUGGUUUUUAUAUCUGAUCGACAUGGAAGCAUUGCCAAAGCUGUGGAUAAUGUUUUUCCUGUAGCACAUCAUGGAGCCUGCAUCUUUCACAUAGCUAACAACCUGCAAUCAAAGUUUGGCAAAAAAAUGAAGAUCCUUAAGUUAUAUUACACAGCAGCAAAGAAGUACCAAGUAUCCGAGUUCAAUACAUUGAUGGAUGACAUUCGAAAAAUAAAAGAUGGAGAAGUCUGUAAAUAUCUUGAAGACAUUGGGUGUCAUAAGUGGGCACGAGCUCAUUUUAUGGGAUACAGAUACAACAUGAUGACAUCCAACAUUGCUGAAUCUAUGAACUCAAAGCUUAAAGAUGCUAGAAAAUUACCAAUUACUGCUUUAGUGGAUCACCUAAGAGAGGUGCUUCAACAAUGGUUUGUUGAACGACGUGAUGCAGCAAGCUCCCUUAAUACACACUUAACCAAAUGGGCAGAAGACAAAGUGCGCAAAAACAACAAUAGUGGUUCGCAUAUGCGGGUGUCUCCAAUUGAUCUCUAUGCAUUUCAAAUACAUGAUCAAAGACAAACAUUUACGGUGGACUUAAAUAAUAUGACUUGUACAUGUCGAGAGUUUGAUCUUGAUCGACUUCCUUGUGCCCAUGCAACUGUUGCCUGUAGAACUAAAGGAAUAUCAGUGUAUAGCAUGUGCUCCCAAUUUUACAUAGCCAAUGCACUUAUGUUAGUGUAUGCGGAGCCUAUUUGGCCAGUUGGGAAUAAAAGUGAGUGGGAUGUGCCUGAAGACGUGCAGAACAAAAUUGUCUUACCACCAAUAAGACAAGUAGUACCUGGAAGACGUAAGACGGUACGAAUUCCAUCUAUAGGAGAAGAUGCAAUUAGAAAAAAGUGUACAAGAUGUGGUGGAGGAGGUCAUAACCGUGCAACUUGCCAAAAUCCAAUUCCACUUGUUUGAUGGAAUGCGAUCUUCCUAUUAAUGUCGUGUUUUAAAUUACAACACUUUAAUUCUAUGUACUUAAGUUUCAGCGCUGUAAUUUUUUCUAUUUGCUGCAUUUUACUUCUUCACUAAGCUUGA